GAACGAACCGAGAGGGGUGAAGAAAUGUUAGCUGUCGUCUUUUUCUGGGUCUCCUUCUUUCUCCUGCUCCUCCUAUUGUUCAAAUUCGCCACCGCUCAUGGGGACUUCACUUUAAUGUCCAAAAAGCAUGUCAAGCGAGAGGAAAUUGAAGAUAAGGUCGUUUGGAUUACUGGUGCUAGCCGAGGAAUUGGGGAGGUUCUUGUAAAACAACUCGCUGGUUUGGGGGCCAAGCUCAUUAUUUCUGCACGGGAUGAAGCUGGUUUAGAGAGAGUGAAGAAUGAGCUCUCUGGUAAAUUUGCACCUAAUGAAGUGAAAGUUUUACCUUUAGAUUUGUCAUCUGGGGAAAAUAAGCUGAAAGAGGCUGUAGAAAUGGCAGAAUCAUUUUUUCCUGGCUCUGGUGUGGAUUAUAUGAUCCAUAAUGCAGCUUUUGAGCGUCCCACGUCCAAUCAUUACAUUCCAGCCUUAUCGACUCUCAAGUGUGUGUCUAAUGAAAUUUUUGGCAACUCUCUGAAAAGUACAGCUUUGGAUGUAUCUGAGGAAAGUAUGAAGACAACAUUUGAUGUCAAUGUUCUGGGGACCAUUUCUCUCACACGGCUUCUUGCACCUCGUAUGUUACAACGGGGACAUGGUCAUUUUGUUGUUAUGAGCAGUGCUGCGGGAAAGACUCCUGCUCCAGGACAGGCUGUAUAUUCUGCAUCAAAGCAUGCUCUGAAUGGCUAUUUUCAUUCUUUACGAUCAGAGCUUUACCAUAAAGGAAUUAGAGUGACCGUUGUUUGUCCUGGACCAAUUGAAACAUCAACUGGCUCUGUUGUUGAAGCCAUUGGGAAGAAAGGUAUAUCUGAGAAACGACUUUCAUCAGAAAGAUGUGCUGAGUUGACAAUUAUUGCUGCUAGCCAUAAUCUAAAAGAAGUUUGGAUAUCAUCUCAGCCCGUCCUUGCCGUUAUGUAUUUGGUUCAAUACAUGCCAACAAUCGGCUACUGGCUCAUGGACAAGAUUGGUGGGAAUCGUGUUGAAGCAGCUGCUAGGAAGGGCAACACGUACUCGCUCAGUUUGUUAUUUGGAAAAAACAAGUCAUCUUAAGUAUGAUUCAACUCAUCUGACUUAUAAUUCAAUCCAUCCAACUU